UCCUCUUCUCGCAUUACGGCGGUCCAUGCUUCUUCGUAGCGCAGCAUCAGCACUGCUGAGGACCAGCACUGAGAUUUCCUCCUUCUGUCCGGUGUCCACGGUCCGGUUUGUUCGGCAGUUGCUCCGCUACCCGCCCAGAAACAGGCCGUUUUCAACGUCGGUCUGCUUGUGUAAGAAGAAGAAGAAAAGCCUGUGGCUGCAGCUGGCGGAAGGACAAACCAUGGACGGCAACAUUGAGGAGAUUCUCGCCCCUUUGAGGCUUGCAGUCAAAGAACAGGGGGACCUGGUUCGUCAAAUGAAACAGGAUGGUGUCCCUGAUGUCGAUGUUACUAGAGCAGUGGCUGAACUGAAAGCAAGGAAGAGAACUCUGGAGGCCAAGGAACUGGCAUUACAACCCAAAGAUGACAUCGUUGACAGAACCAAGAUGGAGGAUACCCUCAAAAGGCGAUUCUUCUACGACCAGGCCUUUGCCAUCUAUGGAGGUGUGAGCGGCCUGUAUGACUUCGGCCCUGUGGGCUGUGCCUUGAAGAACAACAUCCUGCAGGCCUGGAGGAAGCACUUCAUCCAGGAGGAGCAGAUCCUGGAGAUUGACUGCACCAUGCUGACCCCCGAGCCUGUCCUCAAGACGUCAGGACAUGUGGAGAAAUUUGCUGACUACAUGGUAAAAGAUGUCAAGAAUGGUGAAUGCUUCAGGGCUGACCACCUCCUCAAAGCCCAUCUCCAGAAGCUGAUGUCUGAUAAGAAAUGUGCAGCAGAGAAGAAGGCUGAGAUGGAGGAGGUCGUCACUCAGAUGGACAAUUACACCCAGCAAGAACUGACUGAUCUGUUUGUGAAAUACAACGUCAAGUCACCCACUACAGGAAAUGACCUCACGCCUCCUAUUUCCUUCAACCUGAUGUUUCAGACGUCCAUUGGACCAGGGGGGAACAUGCCAGGCUAUCUGAGGCCUGAAACAGCUCAGGGAAUCUUCCUCAACUUCAAGCGUCUUCUGGAGUUUAACCAGGGAAAACUGCCCUUUGCCGCUGCUCAGAUAGGAAACUCCUUCAGGAACGAAAUCUCUCCUCGCUCUGGACUCAUCCGUGUGCGAGAGUUCACCAUGGCUGAGAUUGAGCACUUUGUGGAUCCCAAUGAGAAGGUCCACCCCAAAUUCUCUAGUGUAGCUGACCUGGACAUCAUUUUAUACUCCUCUAAGGCCCAGACCAGUGGACAGUCUGCACAAAUCAUGAGGCUGGGAGAUGCUGUGGAGCAGGGAGUGAUCAAUAACUCCGUCCUGGGAUAUUUCAUCGGGAGGAUCUACCUCUACCUUACUAAAGUUGGUAUCGCCAAAGACAAGCUGCGUUUCCGGCAGCACAUGGACAACGAGAUGGCUCACUACGCCUGUGACUGCUGGGACGCUGAAGCCAAAACCUCCUAUGGCUGGAUCGAGAUUGUGGGGUGUGCUGACAGGUCUUGCUUUGAUCUGCUAUGCCAUGCACGAGCUACUAAGGUCCCUCUGGUUGCUGAGAAGCCUCUUAAAGAACCCAAAGUUGUAAAUGUCGUCCAGUUUGAGCCCAACAAAGGAGCCAUUGGAAAAGCGUAUAAGAAGGAUGCCAAGAUAGCCAUGGAGUAUCUGUCCGUGUGUGACGAGUGCUUCAUUACAGAGCAGGAGCAGCUACUUAACGAGUCUGGAGAGUUCACCAUCGAGACGGAGGGCAAGACGUUCAAACUCACAAAGGACAUGGUCAGUGUGAAGCGUUUCCAGAAGACUCUGCACGUGGAAGAAGUCGUUCCAAAUGUAAUCGAGCCCUCCUUUGGCAUCGGUAGGAUCAUGUACACCAUCUUCGAGCACACAUUCCACAUCAGAGAAGGUGACGAACAAAGAACGUACUUUAGCUUCCCUGCUACUGUAGCUCCAUACAAAUGUUCCGUCCUGCCUCUGAGUCAAAACCAGGAAUUCGUUCCCUUUGUGAAGGAAUUAUCCGAGGCCAUGACUAAGAAUGGUGUGUCUCACAAGGUGGACGACUCCUCAGGAUCCAUCGGGAGGCGCUACGCCAGGACCGAUGAAAUCGGAGUGGCGUUUGGCAUCACCAUCGACUUCGACACAGUGAACAAGACGCCACACACAGCCACUCUGAGAGACCGAGACUCAAUGAGGCAGAUCAGGGCCGAGGUCAGUGAGUUGCCUGUGAUUGUUCGGGAUUUGGCCAACGGCACAUUGACCUGGGCUGAAGUGGAGAGCAAGUACCCCAUCUUUGAAGGACAAGAGACCAGCAAGAAGGACACGGUUGAAGAGUAAAAACUCACUCGUCUGCCAGCCACUCCGUGAAAAUCCACAGACUUGUUGCGUAUGCAUCACCAGGAAAGAAAAUAUUGCAACUGUAUUGUAAUAAGCUAUAGUGGUGCACCGAGCCCUCCUUCUGUUCUCCACCACUGCAAUCACUAAAAAUGUCAUGUAUUCAUCAUAUCUAACAGUUGUGGAAAAGCUUGCACAGGACUGUUGUUUCUUUCGAUGAGCAACAUUUCAUCCAUGUAUGACCAUGUCGAUGUUUUAAAAGGGAGAAAAUGUAAUCAGGUUGUUUUGAGUCGUCAGUGGAAGGAGGCGUCCACCAUUCCAGUUUUCAGGCAGAUUGGAUUGAGAUAUUUAACAAUUUCAAUAAAAACAGCCAGCACUUACUGGACACAGA